AUGGCUCUGGAUGAUAAAGGAACCAUGUAUUAUUUCAGAGGUGACUAUGUGUGGUUGGGAUUCCAGGGCCCCGCACGCCGGAUAAACGAGACCUGGCAGGGUCUGAUGGGACCUAUAGAUGCCGCAGUUCGCAACCACAACCAAGAACACCCGCUAAAGCACCAAAGGAUCUAUCUGUUUAAGGGCUCCAAGGUUUGGAGUUAUUUUGAAGGGAAUCUAGUGGCCGGCUUUCCGCGUCUCAUUAGUCAGGAGUUUCCAGGAAUUCCAGAUCAUCUGAAUGCUGCUGUGGAAUGUCACAAAGGGGAAUGCAGGCAGGACAGCAUCUUAUUCUUCAAAGAUGACAAGGUCUAUGUAUACAGCCCUCAGGAGGACCCGGCACUGAAGCAGAAGACCUGGACCAAUCUGGGACCUUGUACGGCGGCUGUCAGAUGGAUGGAGAAAUAUUACUGCUUCAAUGGCAUCAACUUCACCAGAUUUGACCCAGUGACCGGAGAGCGGCUAUCUCCCCGACCACUGGACACCCGAGACUAUUUUGUGCGGUGCCCUGGCAGAGGACAUGCAGAUGCUGCUCGGCAGAACACUACCCAUAUGUCCAUCCUUAAUCGCUGCAGCAAUCGUCCGUUUGAAGCUUUCAGCUCAGAUGACAAGUCCAGAACCUACGCCUUCCGAAGUGGCUGGUACUUCCGCCUGGACAGCAGAAAAGAUGGCUGGCAUGCAUGGCCUCUUAAUCACACAUGGAGGACCCUGGAAGGAGUGGUAGAUGCUGCUUUCUCAUACAGGAACCAUAUGUACUUUAUUCAGGGGUCACAAGUGAUCAUCUACUCAACUGAUCAGAUCUACAUCCCAGUUGCUGCAUAUCCAAAGCCCAUCCAGGAGGAGUGGGAAGUCCCAGGGGUCACAGCAGUGGAUGCCGCCUUCACUUGCCCCCAUUCCAGUGACCUGUACCUCAUUAGAGGUAACAGAAUGUUCCUGGUGGACCUGAACACUCGGAAGCAGUCUGGAGCAGCCAGAACCAUCAUUCACUCUGAGGUGGACAGUGCAAUGUGUAAUGUUCAUGGACUGUACAUCUUCCACGGUCCUUCCUAUUACCACUACAGGGAUGUGAAGGAGCUACUGGCUGCCACAGAGGCCCCCACCGCUGAAAACAUUGCCUCCUAUUUUUUGGACUGCUAG